AUGGCGGCUUCUCAGGAUCUAUUCGGACGUCUUCAAGCCCAUCUCGGCGAACUGGAGGAGGAUCCGGUUAACACGGAUAUUGACGAACGUCUCUUCGAAUCAUGCUCACUAGCUCUUGCGCCUGGCAUCUCCAAGAAAGAUUCCAUCACACUCAUAUCACAGCUCUCUCGCAUCUUGCCGGUGUUGCAAAAAGAUCCGACACAACCAAUUCAAUUCUUGGUACUUUUGCUGGAGCCAUUGACUUACUCGGAUGUGCUUGGUCUCAAUGCUGCGGUCGACUUUGUCGGUGGACUUCAUGUCGCUGCCACUCCGUAUAAUCGACUGAUGCUGGCGCUGUUGAACAAGGCGGCUGGAAAUGCUACGGAUGCUGCGACUAUUGCUGCACAGCCUGAAGUCGUCACUGCUUUGGUAAACUUAUGGCUAUGCACUAGUGAUGCUGGUAUUGCCAAGCAGGCGAGUGAUGUGUUGCUUGCUCUGCUCAAGGUCGACCACGCGGUUCCUCCCGGUGCUGGUGACGAGCAAUCGCUUCCGGGACACAGUCAGGGAUUGAUGUGGAAGCGUGUAUUUGGUGAUCAGGACGUUUAUGCAUUGAUCUUCUCUGUCUGCUCGUUGAAGCAUACUGAAGGCGUGGAGUUGUCUGGAAGCCAGAGGACACUUGCUCAAGCUCGCUUGCUCGAAUGGCUUCCUGAGGUCGGUGCUAUCAACUGGAAUGCUAUCACACAUGCACAUCAUCCAGAGGUUGAAAGACGCUACACUGAUGGCAAAGGAGAGGGUAUGCUGUAUUUUGCUGUAGCAUGCAUGGUCGAUACGGCUAGCGAUGUCCUGAUGCAUCGCUGUUUGGUCGAAUUUUACGCCACCCUGCUCCAGACAAUCACGCCGAUCGAGUCAGCAGCAUCACCACAUUCGUCUGCUGCUCUUGACUUUCUCGUCCAACACAAGCUGCAUGAGAAGGCAAUGAGUUUCUACCUGGACCCAUCCAACCCUCGUCAUGACCCUUUAGACGUACAAUUUCUGUACGCACCUUCGGCAAACUAUGUGGCUGCCUAUGCAUCAUCAUACCCUUCACACUUCCUCUCCAGCCCUCUCAAGCCAACUCUCAUCAAACGUCUCCAAAGCUCUCUGGACUUAUCGCCUAGCCGCUGGGCACACGCCGAAUCACCAAAGCACGAUCUACACAUUCUCGCAUCCAUGCCUCGUAGCUCCCUCCUCCCGACCAACAACAGUUGGUCUUCAUCUCCACUUUCCCUGCUGCCUUCCAAGUCCACAAAUGCAGAUGUUCUGGCUACACUAGCUACAGUUUUCCACGGGCCCUCAAAGCAAGAAAUCAUCAAUUAUCCAGCUUCAUCGCCACUUAUGAACACCACCCACGACGCAACCUGGAAAUCUGAAGCGCAGGCUGCUUAUGCGCUCUACUAUCUCUAUCUCAACCAUAACCCUUUGUUGUUUUCUGAUCUCGUGCAUCAUGCUGAGAUUGUGGCGUUGAGGGAAGUGGCUCUGGCUGCUAUUGCUUUGAUCCGCAGUAUCGCAACUGCAAAUUGGUUGCCUCUGACCCCUGACUCUAUCCCUUCCGUUCAAGAGUUCCGCGCCGUCUUACCUUCUACCUCUCUCGCCGAACACCACAGAGGCUUUUUAGCCAUUCUCUCACCACCUUCGCUGGAGUAUUGUCUUCCUUACCUCCUGUCCCCAUCCCAAACCUUCUCGAAUUUAGUUGGUGGAGUGGGAGACAGCGAAAACUCUGCUUACAGGGUUGCAAUGAGUAAAUUUGAGUGUUUGAAGGAGGUGUACAAUCGGCUUAAGGUGUUUUGUGAGGAGGGAGGUGAGGAAGGAAAGGAGUGGGAGGAUGUGGUUAAGACUUUGAGGAAGAAGGUUGAUGAGGGACCUUUUGGACGCAUGGGAGGGGAGGUUGGGGGGAGGAUUGCUACGAUGGAGUUGUGA